AUGCCGGCCAAGACAUCUGCCAAGAAGAUGGCGCCCACACCCAAGCCAACCGAGGAUAUCCGCCUACGUCGUCUGGACCGUCGUUCUAAAGAGAGUGUAGAGAAGCAAAUAUCGCUAGCCGAGACCAUAUCGCCUUUGGAUACAUAUCCACCAUUACUGCGCAUUCCAUCUGAGAUCCGGAGAGAGAUCUUCCGGUACGUCUUACCAUCGUCAAACAAACGCUUCAUUCUGUACACCGACUGCGACUCUCGAUCCAUCAACAGAAAAUGGAACAAGAACUGCCGCCCGCAUCCAGAUAGACAUUUGACUCUGGACAUUCUGCGAACGAACCGCCUGAUCUAUCACGAAUGCCUGCAAAUCAUCUACUCAGAGAACCAGUUCCAUUUCUAUGCAUUUAAUUAUCUACCUGUUCUCGACUUCAUACGCCAUCUCAGUCCUGAAGCGAAGAACCAAGUCCGCAAUGUGCGGCUUACGCCUUUGACGGAUAAGCAGGAUGAUCCGCCGGCGUCGCACGAUGUCUUCUGUACCGUCAUGCAUGACUCUCUUCCUGGACUCAGCCAACUGCAGGCAGAUCCCGUUGUCUUCUUCUAG